GUGUGUAAAUACCCCCGUCGCUGCUCAGACGCUUCACACUGAAGCCGCGGAGCUGCCGGAGCCAUGACCACCUUCGACGACAUCCUCGAAGAAGCCGGUAAAUUCGGCUGGUUCCAGAAGCGAAUCUUCUCCUUGAUGUGUCUCGUCUCGGUGCCUUUUGCUGGAGUUUAUGUAGGCAUCGUGUUUCUGGGCUUCUCCCCCGAGCACUGGUGCCGUAACCCUGCGGUGAAGCAGGUCCAGAUGCAAUGUGACUGGAACUUAGAAAAGGUGCUUAACUUCACAGUGCCUUUUCAGAACACAUCUGCCGGACCGGUGCGCAGUCAGUGUGAGAGGUUUGUCGUGGAGUGGAACGUCACCGAGCUCAGCUGCGAUGACCUGGAUGGUGAGAUCACCCUGGCAGAGCUCGCUGUGAUGCCCACCACCGUCUGCAAGGACGCCUGGGACUACGAUUACGAGGGAAGAGAGUCCUUCGUCACCGAGUUUAACAUGGUGUGUGAGGACGCUUGGUUAUUAGACAUGUGCCAGGCGGCGCUCUCAGUUGGAUUUUUAGUAGGCAGCAUCGCCAUUGGAUACCUCGCUGACAGGUGGGAUUGUUUUGUUAGCGAUGCAACACGUUACCUAAUUCGAUUUGGACGAAAAACAACUUUCCUGAUGUCCUGUGUGCUGAAUACAGUCACAGGGAUUCUAGUAGCAGUGUCUCCUAAUUACAUCUCCCUGCUGGUCUUCAGAGCGCUGUACGGUUUUGGGACUAAGGGUGGAUGGAUGGUAGCGUUUGUUCUGAUUACAGAGCUGGUGGGAGUGGAGUACCGGAGACCAGUAGCUGUGUACUUUCAGAUGUUCUUCAGCAUCGGUAUCCUCAUCCUGCCCCUCGUAGCCUACCUCAUCAGUGACUGGCGCUGGCUGCAGGUGGCCAUUACAGCUCCAUACCUCUGCUUCCUGGCUUACUACUGGUUCAUUCCUGAGUCUCCGAGGUGGCUUCUUUCCCAGAACAACACCAAAAAAGCUGUGGAGAUUACUAAGAAAAUGGCCAAAGUGAACAAAAAGACGUUGUCCAAAAACAUCGAGACACUUAAAGACGAUUGCACAGACACUGCUGUUGCCUCGUUCAUGGACUUAAUCCGGACCCCCAAGAUGAGAAAGCACACCUUCAUCCUCAGCUACAACUGGUUCACUAGUGCUGUGGUGUAUCAGGGCCUGAUCAUGCGCCUGGGGAUCCUGGGUGGAAAUGUCUACGUUGACUUCCUCAUCUCUGGCAUAGUGGAGUUCCCUGCUGCCAUCCUCAUCCUCUUCACCAUCGACCGCAUCGGCCGGCGGCUGCCGUUUGCAACAGCUAAUAUUGUCGCCGGAGCCGCCUGCCUUAUAACGGCUUUCAUUCCAGAGAGUUUGUUCUGGCUGAAAACCGCUGUGGCGUGCGUCGGGAGACUGGGAAUCACUAUGGCUUUUGAAAUGGUGGUGUUCGUGAACACUGAGCUGUACCCCACCUUCAUCAGGAACUUGGGUUUUUCCGUGUGCUCCACUUUAUGCGAUAUCGGAGGGAUCGUAGCUCCGUUCAUGCUCUACAGACUUGCGGUCAUCUGGCUGGAGCUGCCACUUAUCAUUUUCGGAAUCCUGGCACUGAUUGCUGGUGGUUCAGUGCUGCUGCUUCCUGAAACCAGAGGUGUACCACUUCCUGAAACCAUUGAUGACAUUGAACACCCACACAAAAAUAAAGAGAACACGAUGAAAACUCAUCAGCUGGAGAAUCUGCUGCACCCAGAAGUGACAAAUAAUAAAGAAACCACGACAGUAUGAGUGGAACUUUUCUUUUUUUUUGCUCCGACAAGGGAGUUUAAUCUGACACCCGGUCAGCAGCUGAUGUGAUGGACACUUCACUGUUCGGUUUCGGAGACCCGGGACCAGAUAUCAGAGGGUGCUGUUUAGAAAGAGUGAAAUUGAGUAUGUUUUGAGCGGAUCCGGUUGAACUGGUGAACAGAUUUAUCUUUUGAACUAAUUUUAAUAUUGUUUUUUUUUUUUAUUGUUUGUAUUGUUGUUGUUAAUAUUAUCAUCGUUUAAAAAAAAAUGCCCUAUUUGACUAUUUGUGUUGUGAUGAUGAUGAAGAAACUUCUCUGAAAGCUAACACACUAAAUUUCUAGUUGAUGUCACUUCAAUUCCUUUGUUGUGUUGGUGUAGGGGGGCACAAACUUUUGCACAGUCUGUGCAAUCGAUCAGAACUAUCCUGUAGAAACAAAUGCACUUGAGUUUCAGUUCAUAGGCUAAAGUCCCAUUUAUCAAAGUGGUAUAUAAAUGUUUUAUAGGCCAAAAAAAACGAAAGAUUUUCUAAAUGUUUAGCCGAUUUCUUAUGUGCGCCAUAUGUUGAUAAAGGACUAAUCACCUGUAAAUGAUCAAGAAAGAGCACUGCACAGUUGAGUUGUCUUUAGCCACACCCACAAAUCUCCAUUAAAGGGAAAGCACACAGAGAGUGCCACGUUUUCCAGUAACGCAGCUCAGCCACUGCGGCUCACCUGCUGCCAUAGACACACACUAACUCAUUUAACUCAUGCCAUAACUUAUCACAAUUAAUGAUUAGAAUCUGAUUGUUUAAGAUUCACAUUAACGAGUCUCCUUAAAAAUAUAAAUUUAGACACACCUAAGAUACACAGUGUUUUUCUGACUGAAGAGGAAUUUACUGAGCUCAUUUCUUGUGUAAACACUCCUGCAAAGGAUUUACGAAGCCUGCUAUGCGCAUUUGCUAAUAACUUAAAACAACUAUAUCAAAGAUGUAUGUGAAUUGUCCUUGUGAAAACAGAUACACUAUAUUUCCAAAAGUUUUGGGACACCCCUCCAAAUCAUUGAAUUCAGGUGUUGUUUUUCAAGGGGUUGGGCUCGGCCCCUUAGUUCCAGUGAAAGGAACUCUUAAUGCUUCAGCUUCAUACCAAGACAUUUUGGACAAUUUCAUGCUCCCAACUUUGUGGGAACAAAGCAAGGUCCAAAAGAACACCUUUGGGAUGAAUUAGAGUGGAGACUGCGAGCCAGACCAUCAGUGUCUGACCUCACAAAUGUGCUUCUAGAGGAAUGGUCAAAAAUUCCCAUAAACACACUCCGAAACCUUGUGGAAAGCCUUCCCAGAAGAGUUGAAGCAGUUAUAGCUGCAAAGGGCGGGACAACUCCAUAUUACAUUCAUGUGCAUGUAAAGGCAGAUGUUUUGGUCUGGCUCACAGUCUCUGUGAAGUUCCUCCACACCAAACUCACUCGUCCAUGUCUUUAUGGACCUUGCUUUGGUCACUGGUGUGCAGUCAUGUUGGAACAGGAAGGGGUCAUCCCCAAACUGUUCCCACAAAGUUGGGAGCAUGAAAUUGUCCGAAAUGUCUUGGUAUGCCGAAGCAUUAGGAGAUCCUUUCACUAAAACUAAGGGUGUCCCAAAACUUUUGGCAAUAUAGUGUACAUGAGAAAAAAUUAAGCUGAAUAUGUUAAUAUGUUUUCAAACGUCUGGUUUUGCAAAAUGUUACAAAAUGUGAACUGAAUGAAAAUACUGGUGCUAAUUCAUAAAUAAUUGCUGAAUUCAGCCUCCAAAAUA